AUGGUUAAUAUUAUCAUAUUUACGAAUGGCUUGGUUCUUUUGGGGGUUCGUAAAUAUGAUGAUAUUAACCAUCUCAUACUUUUGCUGUGGAACCCUUCCACAAGAGAAUCAGUAGUACUUCCUAGUACAGAAUUUUUACCGUCACAAGAUUAUACUUGCGGAUUGGGAUAUGAUUCAACUAGUGGUGACUAUAUGAUCCUUAAGAUCGGUUACCAAUCAUGCAGUGAAAUUCUUGUUCUGAAAAGUGGUUCGUGGAGAACAACUGAUAAGCGUCCUACUGGCAUUUACCCCGUGUGGUUGUCUGAUAUGGACUCUCUGGCUUUUGUACGUGGAGCAUUUCAUUGGCUUGGUUUGUUACGGAAUGAGUUUGUGACUUCAUAUGAUAUUUUAAAUGAGGUAUUCAAAGCAAUACCAUUGCCAGAUGGAAUGUUUGUGGUUCCCGACAUGGUUUACGUCAAACAUAGCCUUUCUAUAUUGGGAGAAAUGAUUUGUAUUUGUUCUACUCAUCAUGAUCAGCGAAAGUACGCCUUUAACUUAUGGAUAAUGAAAGACUAUGGUGUGAAGGAAUCUUGGAAUCGAUUUUUUACUAUCCAAAGCACCUAUCUUUAUUCUUUGGUACCAGAGUACAGGUUUUCAGAUGGUGAAGUGUUACUCCGUUGCAAGCAUUUUGACCGUUGUGGUUAUAUAUUUAAGACAACCAAAGAAUCAUCUGUUUUUUGUCCUCAAUCUCGUUCAGAAUGUAUUCGGAAUGGAUUUGUUUAUCCAGAAAGCCUGAUCUCUCCAAAAUUACUUAGUAUUUACUCAUGUACGAUCAAGACAACAUCUUUUCGAGGAGUCGCAGGAUUGGUUGGGCCGUACAACUUUACAUACGCGCUUAAGCUGCUCGACCUGUUGGGAAAAUAUAUUAGGAUGUCAAACUGGGCAAUUUGCAGCAUUAAUAAGUUAGAUUUUGUUAUUUUUCAGGGACUACCCUUGUGUUGCAUAUACCUUGUUUACUUCAGUAAAAACAAAAAGUGA